CAAAGAAAGAUCUGCAUGCAGGAUGUUUUGCACAAUGUGGCCAGAGAUUUGGUUUAAAGCCCAUAUAUGCGCGAUCACGCACUUGCACUUUUCAACUUAUACAUGCUUUAGUUUAUGCGUUGACCUGCGGAUGUCCUUGCGCUGAGUGCAGUCAUCAUGUUUGCGACUCCCAUCAUAGCGCCGGUGCAUAUCGCACCACCAGAAUGUUCAAGACUUGCGACUCGAACAGUCACAACCUACACAACAGGUAGCCACUUUUCAGCGGACUCAUCACCUGCAACUUCCGUUCUCGAUCUCACGCGGUCGCGCGCAUCGUCCAAUGCCUCAAACUCAAGUUCAGUGUCUUCGGCACAGUCUGCACGAUCAUCAAAGCACGGCAGGAACAGUUCUACAUCGACGGCCGCUUCAUCUACGCCAUCUGCAGGCUCAAUGAAGCGAACUCGACAUCUAAGAGCAUUCUCUGAUGGAAUUCAUGUCGGACGACGACUUCAGAAGAAGCCAUCUACACAGCAUGUUCCUCAGCGUCAAAGCAAUCCAGUAUCAGUACCCACGGCAAUGCUCACUCCUGUAACAAUACUUGGUCCAGAGCGUAUUGUAGAUAUCCAGCAAGCCGAUCUAUUGGUGCGAUGUCGAGAUGACGAUUAUCACGUGGAUCGCUCCAUUCUGUGCCAUCACAGCCAGUGGUUCGCGAAGGUGUAUUCGAAAGUGAAUUACCCAGUACGCAAACAAGACGUAGUGAAAGAUGGCAGCAGACUGACACGGAACAGAAAAUGUCGAAACGCAUUGUAGAUCUGAGCGCAGAUGAUCCGGGCGCUGUGUCCGCGAUGAUCCAGUACUGCUAUCAGCUAGACUAUGGAGACACUCGACCCGAUUCGAAUCCCGCUCUCUACAGCGUGGUGGCUCUUCGACCGCAUCUCGACACUUACCUCCUAGCUGAACGAUAUGGCAUGCCUGGCUUGCAGAAGCUUGCAGCACAAAAGUUCGAGAAGCUGGCGGUGGCGGUUUUGACAACAGUGGGUGAUGAGGAGGAGUUCUUGCAAGCUGUCAAAGAUCUGUAUGCGCCAUUACGGAGGACGAGAGCAGACGAGCUGCGACGCGUGGCGGUAAAGCGUUGCGCAGAUCAUCUUGGCA